CAUUACAGAAAGCAUUACAGAAUAAUCAUAAAACGCAACAGCUUAUUGACCUACUCCAAGAAUUCGCUAAAGAAGAAGAUAGCAAUGACUUAUUAGACCCGGAAAAAGUUUUACAAGAUGAUAAUACCAGCAAUAAAGAAAAUGAAGAUCCUGCGAUGGUUACAUUACAAAAUCCAAAGAAGCGUCAGGGCAAGGGUCGACCAUUAGGUAUCAAAUGGUUUAAAUCUUCCUAUAAAGAUUCUAAAUCCAUAGCAAAGAACCAACGUCGGUGCAAAAAUUGUGAAAACGUUGCUGUCUCAGCCGACGAAUCUGCUAUAACGAACAAU